GAAAGCUUGACUCCGAACACACCAUACUGUAACAACGGCCCAGCUCUUACUACAAAAUAUGGUCAAGGCUUUGAUUCUCAUCGCAGAUGGAACGGAAGAAAUGGAGUUUACGAUCACAUACGAUACGCUCGUCCGCGCUGGGAUAGAAUGCACAUCCGCAUUUAUCCCCAGGGGUCUCUCACCAUACGGAUCUUCUGAUACAAGUCCUCCGCUUGCAGUUUGCUCGAGGCAAGUGAAGAUCCUUCCUGAUGUCACUCUGGACCCCCUUGAUGCCGGUCCGGAGAAGUACGAUGCCCUCAUCAUCCCUGGUGGCAUGGGUGGUGCCGUGACAAUGGCAGGAUCGACAGAGGUGCAAAACCUGGUUCGUUCUUACUACAACCACCCAGAGAAACGAAUCAUUGGCAUGAUAUGCGCAGGUUCCAAGGUCGCGAUCACAGCGAAGCUUCCUGGUCAACCGAUCACGUCGCACCCAUCUGUUCAGAACGAGUUCCCAGACCAUUUUGACUACAAGGAGGAAUGUGUAGUCGUGUCAGAUGCCCUCCCAGACAAGGCGACGCUCGUCACAAGCCGCGGACCAGGAACUGCGUUCCCCUUCACAUUCACGCUGAUCGAGCUCUUGUGCGGGAAGGCAAAACGCGACGAAGUCGUAGGACCUAUGAUGUUCCCAUCCGGCACUGGGUAUCCGUUCUGAGUGGAGUCGACGGGUCAAACGCGGUGGUGCAACUUUCUAUGCUGAACAGGAAGCCAUCCUAUGAGCUGCCAUGUAAGGGUUUGACCACUUCAAUGUAUGAGCUGUUGAAGGAUGUGGAAAAGUUUGUGUCAAAACGUUAGAGCUAGUUCGGAAACCCGAUGCUGGCUGGGUGAACAUCGGACAUUGCCAGGGCGUGCGAGCGACAAAGGGCUAUAUGGUGUAUAAAGGUUGAAUAGGUAGUAACGAGUGAGCUAUCAACUUGGAAGUCUUGGAAGGUAUCAAAGGUUGCGAACGAGUGUAUUAG